CAACCUAACAAUUUAAUAAAAUUGUUAAAAAUAAAUUUUUAUUUAAAAAAUAAAACACAUUUUAAAUAAUUUAAUUUAUAAAUUGAAACAAACAUAAAAAUGGAAACUAAGACCAAAAAAUCGCUUUUAGAACGUUAUGGAAUACCCAUACAUCAUUUAGAUUUUCAAUAUAUAAAAGAGUGUAACGAUGGUCGGGAAAUGGAAAAAAUUGUGCAUAUAUUAAGAUCCAAUGAAGAGGGUUAUUUUCCCGAUUUGACUAAAUGUGCGGAAGACAAACUAAAGGAACUGAAACCGCAAAGCAGAUUGUUCAGAGUAGAGGAAAAAAUAAAGGGUCGAGAAGCUUUAAACCCAAAUGAAAUAAAACCCAUUUAUGACUGGAAUCAAGAUAUAAAAAGUACCGAUAAACAGCUAUUAAAACUGGUAAAAGAAAACGAUACAAACCCAGCACAACUUCCUCCCAUACGCAAAGGAGGUCGUAUACUACAAACAAAAAACAAAGUAGAGACCUCCAAAUCGGGGGUUUCCAACAAAGAGUCGCAAAGAAUUAAAUCCACGGAUUACAACAAAUGGGACAAAUAUGAUGCUGAAGAGGAAAUAUUGCGCCUAGAUUUAGCCGAGGAACGUGAGCAGGAAGAAUUGGAACGUAAAAAUCGUUUAAAUAUGGAAAAAUGUUUAAAGAAACCUUGCUUAACCAUAACCGAAAUAACUGAUGAAGAACCUUUAGAAAAAUGGUCUAAUUUAACGGAUAUAGAAAAAGAAAAGUUAUCGGAAGAAUACCGUUUAAGAGGCAAUGAAUAUUUUCGCUCUAAGGAAUAUGACAAUGCUUUAGAAGAGUAUUCGCGAGCUAUAGAGAUUUGUCCUCGGAAAGCGGUGGCAGCUUACAAUAAUCGUGCUUUGACUUAUUUUAAGCUUCAAAAGUUUUCGGACUCCAUUAAGGAUUGUGAGGAGUGUAUUAGGUUGGAGCCCUCAAAUUUAAAAGCUCGUCUGCGUCUGGCAGAGGCUAAUUAUGCAUAUGGCAGGAAAAGAGAGUCCUAUCAACUUUACAUCAAUGUCCUUCAAAUGGAUGCCGAAAAUUCUGUGGCCCUUAAAGCCAUUACCGAAUUACGUAAACAAUUCGAAGAUUUGCCCCCACCUAAUGCCACACGUCUAAAAAUACAAGAUGAAUCAUCCAAAACUAAAACAGCAAUAAUAAAGGAAGUCCCUAAGCCCCAACCAAAGCCGAAAGCAAAAGAAUACGAUUUAGCCGAAUUGGUUAAACCAAAUCGUUUGGUUAAAAAUAAAUUUAUUAAAGCAGCCGAAACUUUGGGUAAAAAUAUGCAAAACACGAAAGAAAAUAAAAAUAUUCCCCAAAAGAAGGAUCCAAAAGAAAAUAAGAAACAAACGCAAAUACGACUACCCGGUACAUAUCCAGUCAAUGCUGAGUUGAAAGGUAGAAAACUUAUACAAGAACUUUAAAAAUCGAGUUUAUUUUAAAAUUUUAAAAAUUAUGUUUAAUAAAAAUAUUUUAUAUA